AUGGCUGUAAAGAAAACAUCAAGACUUCAGACGAAAACCAACAUGUUGCUGGCCUGUUUAGCAGUGACUGACGCAAGUACUGGUCUGUUGACACAACCUUUGUUCAUUGUGUGGAAAGCGUUUUAUUUACUCGAGGUACCAGACGAAGACGCUGUUGGAACUUUUUACUUCUCUGUUUCACGUGGUUUGACUAUCUGUUCAGCACUUCAUCUGAUGUUGGUGACUUGCGAGAGACUGAUAGCCAUCCGAUUUACUUAUCAUCACCCUCAUCUUGUCACAGGGCGAAAUAUUAAGGUUGCAGUCAUCGUAUUUUGGCUUAUUUCUAUUUCUAAUAUAAUAGGCGGACGGCAAGAUUUUAUCUUCGAGGCUAUAAGAUCGCUUUUGAACUUUUCAGCCGUUCUUAUUGUCGUUUUUUGCGUUCUUUUCAUUGUCUUUGCCUACGCAAUUUUGUACCGUGAAGUACGUCGACAGCGAAAAAAUAUAAAAAAUCAACAGCUACCACAAGAAGAGCAACAAAGAAUUGCUAAAGAAAACAAAGCGCUUAAGACAACUGUGUUGGUAGUGGGUGCCGUUCUCGUAUGUUAUGUACCUGUCAUCUUGACAGUCUUGGUAUUUUAUUUGUUUGGACUUGACAGUGGAUCAUGCGUGUAUUGUCCAUGGGUUAGUACCUUUAUAAUGUUCAACUCAUUUAUCAACCCACUGAUUUACUGUUGGAGACAGAAAGAGAUGAGGCAAUAUGUCCUUAGCUAUAGAUUUUCCUGUACCACGGUUGUUGAACCCUUAGCUAAUGCUUAAGGAUCUGGAGAAUGCUGGUCAGUUUCCACCACUCGCACUGAUUAACUUUGACUCACUCACUUAGCUAGCCAGUUGUACUUUACAAUGUGUUAAUCAUCGGGUAGAAUAUAGUAAAGAGUAAAACUCUUUAUUUCUCAAAAUUGCGUUGCCUUUUUUUAUUUGGUAUAUAAAAAAAAUGCAUGCAAACAACUCCAUAGUUAAACCAAGGCAUUGUAAUUUACAGUAAGUUAGUGUCCGCUUGAGGCCGGGUGGCUUGUUGACUGCUUCGUUUCGAGCAGAUCUUUCUACAUUUUCUGGAAACCGAACGAAUGACUCUGAGCUCAGAAUUUUAAAGGUAUUUUCAAGCAUCACAAAAAUGAUGUUUAUGCUGGUUUAAUUUUUUGCCCCUAUCCCCCGUGAGGUUGAACCUGUUUUUCUUCGAUGAACAUGCAUUUGGUUCGUGAUUGGUUCAUUUAAACUCCAUUUUCAUGAAACAAAACCACAUGUUGUCUUAUUUUCUCAGGUUUUUUUUUUAGAGAUUUUUACUAUUUUCAGUCCCCAUAUUAAAAAUUCGUACGUCUAUUUGACGCAGGUCAGCUUUCGGCAGCGUUCGACGCUGAUAUUUGUUCUCUUUAGCUUGAUCCCGAUCUUCAGACUGCUUAGCUCAAGUCUUUCUCUUCAUAAAUCAAAAUGGUGUAUGGGACAGCGUGUCUAACAUCUUUCAGCAACAUGCCAGGCCAGAUAACUAUCGGGUUGUCUUCUCAGUGCCAAAAUGCAUGAGGGCCUUUUUUGAGGGUACCCUGCUUGGCAGGUGCUGGCUAGUUCUGGGGUUUUAAUAGGCCAUUUCCGAGUUGCCUCAACUGACCUGCUUCAAAGCGAGGCUAAGUGCGAAACCAUUGUGAAAAUGAUUUUUAGUCUUAUGCAAAUAAAACUCAUUUUCACAGAAAUGUUUGGCACUUUGCCUCGUUUUGAAAUUGAGAGUUUCACCAGCCUUCGUAACUGUCGGGAUAAGCUGGCAAGUACCCCAAGCACAUCAAUCCCGCCAGCUACGUAGGCUAAUGGAACACGAAAAGGCCUAUUAGCUUUUAUAGAGUGCACGAGAAGAACACGUGGCGCGCGCGUCCUCGAAAUAUCUCCUUCUGCCAGAAAAACAAACAAACAAACCAAAACAAAACAAAACAGCAAAAAAACCUGUGCCCGCUAUCUAAUUUUGGUCUCCUUGUACGUUCAACCAUUAUUCAUCCGAGGAGAUCGUGGCAAAUGUUUAAUACAGUUGAAACCCAUUUUCUGAACUGACUACGGGGUGAAAGCUUCUCAGAUACGAAAAUGAUUGAGUGUUAUCAAGUAUGAUCCUAACUGAGGAGGUACGAAUAUAAAUGGAGUAAUAAUCACCCGACUUAUCCCCCCUUUUUGGGGAAAUGAAGAGAAGAAAUAGGCGCGAAUUUCUUUUUGCGCGUGCUCACCGGCACAUGCACUGGUCUUUUUUCCCACGGAAACAGAAUUAUUUUCAUUUUUUUAAGCAUGUUAAAAUAUUACCCGUGCAUACAACUUUUCAAAAGCCACUGAAAUGUCAACUUCCCACUUAUUUCAGCUGUACUGUGGUUAAGAAGAGUUUUUUGUUCUUUUCUUUCCCUAAGAGCCUGCGCAUUCGAAGCAGUCUUCCUCUUCUCGUUGUCUUUUCAGCGAGCGGCUAAAAGUCGACAAUCAAAAAUUAGCAUGGUUAUACAUUUAACAUAUAGCCGAAAUAAUAAAAACCACACCAACAGGCAAUUCUAGGCCAGGCAGCCUAAAUUGACUUCAAUAAAGGGUUAGGGGUCAGGAAGAGAGUCACUUUUGUGGCGUGUUUUCAAAAAUUCCGCGCAAUUAACAUAUUUGAUUUGUCAAACGUUUUUCAAAACAUAACCUUUGCCAUUUUUGCAAAAUAAGCAUGUAAAGUACCUGAGAUGUUAACUGUUUCCGAAUUUUAUAUAAUUCUCUCAUGUUCAGCAUUGGCAACGUCUUUGCGCGCUAUUAUUAUUCAUUCAAAAUAUUUCGCCGUUUCUGAUUGGCUCCAAUCCUCCGACUUAUUCGUCAUAACCAACUAUAGCUUUUACUAUAUUUGGAAGAUGCAAGCAAUAUACCAUGAUCGGUUCUAUGGUACAAUUGAUUGGAAAAGGGGCUGCUUGGGCAAUAGUGAACUAAAAAAUUGCGUUCACAGCAUAUAGCUCGAUGAAUGUUAUCCACAUUUUAAGGAGUAUCUGCAAUACAAAACAGUCCGUUUAUAUUCUGAAACCGUGCCGACAAAUAAGCCAAAGUUUUGAAGAAUAUUUAAGAGGAGGGAAGCACGUUACGAAAUUAGAAAUAUUUUGAUUGAAUAAUAAAACCAUUAUUGAAUUAUAUUCGGCUUUUGGUAAUGAUGUGGAGAAUUAUGCUGAUCUCUGAGGAUGUUAUCCACCUCGGCCUUCAGCCUCGAUGGAUAACAUCCUGCUCGACCUUCAUUGUUCUUCACAUCCCACUCAGCCUCAUUCAGUAAUUGUUAAUUAUUUUCAUGGUAGAAAUUUAAUAAAGAUCACUCAAGAAAGCGUAUACAAAUCCAAGAAAGACUCAGUUAAGAAGACGUCAACUCGCACUUGAGGGAAACAAAUUUAAACCCAAUUUUGUAAAUUUAUAAACUUAAAUCCAUGCAUUCCGAGUAAUUUAGUCUUAGUUGAGCAAAGGAUCAGCCAGGAAAUCACUUUAAUUCAUAAGGAAAUAAAUCAGAAAAUCUUUUCACAAUAAGUUAAAAAAUAAUUCUGCCUUUCUUUCUGUAUAUUAAAGCACUGAUUUGAAAUAUUAACUUUUAACGAAGUUUACAUACAUUUCCUUCAUCUUCAACAUUGGCAACGUCACCUGCUACUGAUUUUCAUGGUGGAAAUUUAAAGUUCUUUCAACAACGCGUUUACAAGGCCAAGAGAGUGAAAAAAGACUCAAUUACGUACGAAGACGUCAACUCAUGCGGAAGAAAAACUGUCUCGCUCCUUCACUAAUGCAUUUAUAUAAGUGGCUUCAGAAGCUCACUUCCUUAAUGCCAUUGUUUCUUUACGGAGCCGCAAUCACCUAAACUCAGUUUUAAAAAGCAUAAAGUGAUACAUUGUCCGAGCAUAAUAACACAGCCAAUAGAAAAAAUAGUUUAAUUGAAGGAUCAGGAAACUGAGAAACUGUCAGGAAUUACUUUAAAAAACAGGUGCUUGUUGCAUCAUAAGGUUUUCGACUUCCAAGUUCUAAGUUGACGGUAAACGGCAACAAAAAAAGGAAAAGAAAGAGACAGAAAAAAUGGAAAACCAUGACUCUGUUUCUCUCUAUGUAAGUUCUGUCAUAACUGUUGUUUUUAACAGCAUAACCUGCCCGUUAACAUUUCUGCUUAACGUGCUUGUGAUUAUGGCUGUAAAGCGAACAUCAAGACUUCAGACGAAAGCCAACACGCUGCUGGCCUGUUUAGCAGUGACUGACGCAUGUACUGGUCUCUUGACACAACCUUUGUUCAUUGUGUGGAAAGCGUUUUAUUUACUCGAGGUACCAGACGAAGACGCUGUUGGAAUUGCUCAUCUCUGUGUUUUACGUGGUUUGACUAUUUGUUCAGCGCUUCAUCUGAUGUUGGUGACUUACGAGAGACUGAUAGCCAUCAGAUUCACUUAUCAUCACCCUCAUCUUGUCACAGGGCGAAAUAUUAAGGUGGUAGUUAUCGUAUUUUGGCUCAUUUCUAUUCCUAAUAUGGUAGUCGGACACAAAGAUUUUAACAUCUUUGCGACACUUCGAUCGGUUUUGAACUUUUUAGCAGUUCUUAUUGUCGUUUCGUGCGUUUUUUUCGUUGUGUUUGCAUACGUUAUUUUGUACCGUGAAGUUCAUCGGCAGCGAAAAAAUAUAAAAAAUCAACAGCUACCACAGGAAGAGCAACAAAGAAUUGCUAAAGAAAACAAAGCGCUUAAGACAACUGUGUUAGUAGUGGGUGCUGUUCUUUUAUGUUAUGUACCUGUUAUCUUGACAGUCUUGGUAUUUUAUUUGUUUGGACUUGACAAUGGAUCAUGUGUUUAUUGUCCAUGGGUUAAUACCUUUAUAAUGUUCAACUCAUUUGUCAACCCACUUAUUUACUGUUGGAGGCAGAAAGAGAUGAGACAAUAUGUUCUUAGAUUUUCUUGCACUUCAGUUGUGGAACCCCAGCCUAGUCCCUAG